UAGUUGGAGCCCUGUUACUAAUAAUGAGUAUUUCCCUAUUUUUGGAUCACUUUUCUCAAUUUCCAAAGGAAGGGUCGAGCUAGAUGGUCUCUAAGGGUCCCUUACAGUUCCACGUGUUAUAAUUUUAAGUGCUUGUAAACUCGAAGCGUUUUAGAAAUGCGAAACAUUAUUGUGCCCCCCAAAAUGCCAGGAGCCUGAGCGAAUCGCAUUGUAUCCAGCAGGUGGCGGGCGGCAGUCGGCCAUCCGCGGCUUCCCUAGGCGCUGGUAAAGCUAGCAAACCCUGCGGGAAGGCUUCUUUCCCGGGUCUGGUUCUCCUCCUUUUCUGGUCCCCGUUCCCUAGCAGAGUCCAGACCUCCCGAAAGCAUCCCCUGCAGACUCUCCAGGCACGCGGCGAGGCGGGGCGGGGCGGGGCGGGGCGCGGAGUGGGCAUUCGGGGCUCCCCGCCUCGGCUGCCAGGCGAGUUCUGGGGCUGGGCGAGAACCUCGUAGCCGCGGCUUGGCUUCGCUUGGACAGGAGCGGGGCUGCAGCCUAGCUCCCUCCCUUCUCUCCCUCCCCACCCCCCCACCCUGCUUUUCCCUCCCUCCCAGUGGUCCACACCCCCUUGGAGCGCUCACAGGAAAAGUCCAGCUGGAAUUGGUCCGCAUUGCACGGGGGAACCCUGGAGCCAGCGAAAGCUCAGGCGAGGCGCCAGGGCAGCGGCACUCAGUCGGUUUGUCUGUCCGCGGGCCUGCAUGCCCUGCCUGCCAGCCCUAUCUGCUUGUCAUUCAUUGCUUCUGCCUUUCCAAGAUCGAGAACAGAGUCAGGAGGCAGAGAGAGGCAGACUGAGGGCAGAGAGGGCAUACCUGGGAUAGAAAAGACCACCUGAUCAUAGGAUUUAGAGCUGGAAGAAACCUUGCAGAUCAUCUCGAGCCCCUCUCCCUGAUAGUCCCUCCUCUACCCCUUCUCUCCGCCGCCGCCCCCCCUCCCCACCACCACCAGGUGAGCAUUGGAGCAAAGGGGGACCACAUUUAAAGAACCGCUUUGGCCUCUUUGUUGAAUGAGAAAUUCAGAGCCAGGGCGUCACCAUGAACACCAGCAUUCCUUAUCAGCAGAACCCUUACAACCCCGGGGGAGGCACCAAUGUAAUCCAAUGCUAUCGCUGUGGAGACACUUGCAAAGGGGAAGUUGUCCGCGUGCAAAAUAAUCAUUUCCACAUCAGGUGUUUCACCUGUCAAGUGUGUGGCUGUGACCUGGCCCAAUCUGGCUUCUUCUUCAAGAACCGUGAGUAUAUCUGCACCCAAGACUACCAGCAGCUCUAUGGCACCCGCUGCCACAGCUGCCGGGACUUCAUCACAGGCGAGGUCAUCUCCGCCCUGGGCAGGACCUAUCACCCCAAGUGUUUCGUGUGCAGCUUGUGUAGGAAACCUUUCCCCAUUGGUGACAAAGUGACAUUCAGUGGCAAAGAAUGUGUUUGCCAGACGUGCUCCAACUCCAUGAUCAGUGCCAAGCCCAUCAAGGUUCACGGACCAAGCCACUGUGCUGGCUGCAAGGAGGAGAUCAAACAUGGCCAGUCUCUCUUGGCCCUGGAGAAGCAAUGGCAUGUCAGCUGCUUCAAAUGCCAAACCUGUGGGACUGUCCUCACUGGGGAGUAUAUUAGCAAGGAUGGAGUACCAUACUGUGAGACUGAUUAUCAUUCCCAGUUUGGUAUUAAGUGUGAGACGUGUGACCGGUAUAUCAGUGGCAGAGUUUUAGAGGCAGGAGGAAAACAUUACCACCCAGCCUGUGCCAGAUGUGUCCGCUGCCAGCAGAUGUUCACAGAAGGAGAGGAGAUGUACCUUACAGGUUCUGAGGUAUGGCACCCUAUCUGUAAACAGGCAGCCCGGGCAGAGAAGAAAUUAAAGCACAGGAGGACUUCUGAAACUUCCAUCUCUCCACCUGGCUCCAGCAUUGGGUCCCCCAACAGAGUCAUCUGCGCCAAAGUGGAUAACGAGAUCCUUAAUUACAAAGACCUGGCAGCUCUUCCCAAGAUUAAGGCUAUCUAUGAGGUCCAGCGCCCAGACCUCAUUUCCUAUGAGCCCUAUCACAGAUACACCUCCGAUGAGAUGCUGGAGAGAUAUAGCUAUGGGGAGUCGAUGGGAACCUUAUCACCAUAUUCCCAGGACAUCUUUGAGAGUCUAGACCUCCGGCAGCGACGAGCCUCCAGCCCAGGAUACAUUGAUUCUCCAACUUAUAGCCGCCAGGGCAUGUCUCCUACCUUUUCCCGCUCACCCCACCAUUAUUAUCGCUCAGGUGCAGAGAGUGGGCGGAGCUCACCCUACCAUAGCCAGUUAGACGUGAGGUCCUCCACUCCAACCUCUUACCAAGCUCCCAAGCACUUUCAUGUUCCAGCUGCUGGAGAAAGCAACAUCUACCGGAAACCCCCCAUCUACAAAAGACAUGGCAAAUCAUCGGCAGCAACCAAAAGCAAAACCAGUGAAGAUAUCACGCAGUCCUCCAAGUAUGCUCCCGCCUACUCCCCAGACCUCUACUAUGGCUCAGAAUCUGAGUUCUGGACCUACCACAGCUCCCCCAAAGUGCCCCGAGCCCGGAGGUUUUCAGCAGGAGGAGAAGAGGAUGAUUUUGACCGUGGUCUGCAUAAGAUCCAAAGUGGGAUUGGACGGCUCAUUCUGAAGGAGGAAAUGAAGGCUCGGUCCAGCUCCUAUGCAGAUCCUUGGACCCCUCCCCGGAGUUCUACCAGCAGCAGAGAAGCCUUACACACUGCUGGCUAUGAGACUUCCCUCAAUGGCUCUCCACGGUCCCAUUACCUGGCUGACAGUGAUCCCCUUAUUUCCAAGUCAGCUUCACUUCCUGCCUAUAGGAGAAAUGGGCUUCACAGGACACCCAGUGCAGACCUCUUUCACUAUGACAGCAUGAACGCAGUCAACUGGGGAAUGCGAGAGUACAAGAUCUAUCCGUAUGAACUGCUCCUGGUGACCACUAGGGGGAGAAACCGACUACCCAAAGAUGUGGACAGGACACGUUUAGAACGUCACCUGUCCCAAGAAGAGUUCUACCAGAUUUUUGGCAUGACCAUCACUGAAUUUGAUCGACUGGCUCUCUGGAAGAGGAAUGAACUGAAGAAACAAGCUCGGCUUUUCUGAGAUCACAAAUCUAGAAACAGACAUUUAUAUAAAGAUAUAUGUAUAAAUCUCUAUAUUGAAGCUCAGUAUAACCCACUCUCAUACAAAAGGAGAUACUGCCUGCAGAGAUAUUUGCUUUUCUGGACUGUCAGGCAAUUUCUAACUUAUUAUUCAAAAAUUUUUAACUUAAUUUCCUCUUUUCUAAGUGCAAUGAGAUCUGGGGAGGGAUUUUCAGGGAGCUCUAGCCCUUUUACUAGGGUCUUUUUUAUACAGAAACAUCCAGUUUAUGGUAACUUGGGCUCCUCCAAUCCCCAUCGGAGUCCCAAUCUCUCUACCAAGAGAGGCUAUAGGAAUCUCUCCUCUUUUUGAUCCCCUGUUUCUUUCCCAAGCUUCUACUGUGAACCUCACAUGGUGAAGUGGAAAGAGCACUGGAUUUCUAGUCAGAGGUCCUGGAUUCAAAUCCUGUCACCUUGGGUAAAUCAUUUAACUCUUCUGGGCCUCAAUUUUCUCUUCCACAGAAUGAGGGGGCUGGACUAGAUUAUAUCUAAGGUGCCUUCUAGCUGUGGUUCAGACCCCUGAUUGGAGGCUCCCACGGAGUGAUCCACAGGGCUCUCCAGCAUCAUUGAACCCCUCUGGGAAUUGACUGAAUAGAGAUAAGACUUUUUCACUGUUUAGUUUGUAAUUAGGAAAUUUUGGAAGAAAAGGGGAGGUGACCUAAAUAGACUUUAUAGAAUGAGUCCCCCAUCACUAGAAAUCUUCUAGUGGAGUAGAGAAGUAGAGGGGAUUCCUGCUCAGGUACAGGUUGAACCAAAUAACUAUGGGGUCCCACUCAGCUCUGAUACUCAAUUAUUCUCUAAGGUAGAACUACUUAACAACUAGAGCUGUCCAACAAUGGAAUAAAUUGCCUCAUGAGUUAGAGAGUUUCCCAUCAGUGGAUGUAUUCAAGCAGAGACUGGAUGAACAUCUUCCAGAAAGAGUGGAGACAGGAUUUCUGCACUGGGUAAGAGGGGGGAACUAGAUGAAUUCUCAGCUCCCUUCCAGAUCUAAGAUUCUAGGAUUCUCUUUCUCUAGUCCGAUAGUUUUAUUCUAUCCCUUUGCACAUCAACCAGUUACAUCAGUGAAUAGUGAUGCUCUAGAAGGAAUGAUUUCACCUUGUUUCCCCUCCCAGAAUUAUUCCCUCUAUCAUGAUCUUUCUUUUGCCCAGAAACCACAGUAAGGAGUACUUUCUCUCUUGCUCCAGACUGCCUGAUCCUUUCCCAUCUGUAGGGUACCCCAAUCCCCUAAACUUUUAUGAAUUCUAAACUAUAUUCAAUGUGCCUAGUGUCUCAAACACACAAAAGGGAUGGUGUUCUCAUCAUUCCCUUCCUUGAUUCUAAGAAAGUCUGUGUCAUUCCAAGGAAGAUUUAUAGCCUGACACCUGCUCCUCUUGAGUAAGCACUAUCCUUUCUUGGACCCUCUGGCUCCAUUUCUUAAAUCUGGGUGUGGUUUACCAGGAUGACCCUGAAAAAAGCAGCUGUUGAGUGGAAUAUUAACUUUUAUUCCUGGGACUCCCCAUGCUUCUGCUUUCUCCUUUAACUGGCUUCUCUGUCCUUUGGAGCAGAUGCCUCUCACUCUCAUACCUGCCUUCUUUCUUGAGAGAGUGAUAGCCUAAGGAGCCAGGGAUGUAUUGUGGCUUAUAUUCCUGGAAGCCCCUUGCCUUUACUUUCUCCCUUAACUGCCCUGCCAUGGUGGAUGAUUCCUCCAAGGCAACCCAGAGGAAAUAAAGCAAAUUCAUAAAUUACACAGGACUCACAAAAGAUGACAUUAAGCCUUCAGUGUGGUUUCUAUAGGUGGAAUGAUGAAGGUUCUUCUGUUUGAUAAGUUUGUCAGGGCCUGUGUUAACUAGGAGGAGGCUGUCUUGUGAAGGGAAACCUAAAAACUGACAUUCAAUGCUAACAUUUGAAAUUCUAAUUUGUAUUAUAUCUUCACUCCCUAUUGGGACCUUCUUGGCUUGCAUGGUCCAGGCCAAAAGCUACCUUGGGAACUGAGAUCUUAUAUCACUGAUCUCUAAUAAUUUAGAAAGACUUGAAAAAAAAAUUUGAUUAUUGUUGUUGGCUUUUUCCCUCUCCAUAAAACACAUACUUUCAACUAAGUCCUAUGCCCUCCUGUAUUUUUUUCUGGUCUGGGUGGAAUUAGAUUCAACAUGGAAAAUACAGAGCAGACUUCUCAUAGUCAAAGAACUUAGGCCUCCACUGGGCAAAUAUCCCUUCCCAUUUAAGCUCCUCAGAGCACAGCUGAUAAGUCUGUAGGAGGCAGUAUAGGUUGAUGUGGGCUUUCCAAUGAUAUGAGCCAAUUGGACAUUUACCUACUUUCUAUCCACUAGUUCUUACUUAAAUCUGGGCAUAAUACACUUAGGGCAUGAAUGCUAUCUUCAUCCCAAUUCAUGGUCUGGCUUUUUGAAAAAAUAAACCUUCAAUUUGGAAUCAGGAGAUCUGGAGCCUUUUUCUAUCUGACAUAGGCUGGAUGUUCCUGAACAAGUGACUUUCCCAUCUCUGAGUCCAUUUCUCAACUGAACAAUGAAAAGAAUUGAAUUUGAUGUUCUUUGCAUUUCCUUCCAUUUCUGAUAUUCUAUGUUCUCUGGCCCCUUCCAACUCUGAUGAUCUAUGAAAUGGAUGCAUUUAUGGAGGUAAUGACAGUGGAGAUUUUUGUGGCAUUUUAGGAUCUGUAAAGCACUUUACAUACAUUAAUCUCAUUUGAGCUAUACAACAACCUUGUGAAGUAAGUAAUACUAGCAUUAUUAUACCCAUUUUACAGAACAGGAAACUGUGGUUCAGAAAGGUUAAGUAAUUUGCUAGGCCAGAGGCACAAUUUGAACCUAAGUCCUUCUGACUGGGUAUUACUGCAGAAAGUCCUCAAUCUAUUGAGUCAUGCUACCUGUCUAGUCUAGUCUAGCCCAUUAUUUAAUUAUUUAUUGGAACAGUUGCUCAAAAAUUAAAAGAUUGAUUAUUCUUAAGUGAAGUAGGAUAUUUAAGAGGAGAAAUGAUUUAUCUACUGCUCCUCCUAAACUACCAUGUUUCAAAGAAGAAUCUGGAAAGGGAAGAGGGGUAUGCAAAAUUCACUUCCAAUUCAUCCCCUGAAAGGAGUCAGUCAACUCAUUUUUGGAGACAUCUGUCUUUUUUUCCUUCCACCUUCCAUGAAGGUAGUCAUCUGAAUGAUGUAAUCAAAAGAAAAUUGGGACUUAAAGCUGAAGGACCGGACUCUGGCACUUAUUGGCUUAUCUGUAAGAAUGACUUCUUACAGGGGACUUAGAGGGGGAGGAAUUAUAUUUUUCUGGAUUCCCAAUGAAUAACUUUCUUUUGUCAAUCCCAAUUUAGGGAAAAAUAAGUAAUCUGACAUCAUGGCAAAAUAACUUUUUAUGAAAGUCAUUCAUAAAGGUCAACCAUAGGAUUCAGAGCUAGAAACACAACCCUUUUGUUUAUACAGAUGAGGAAACUGAGUCUCAGAGAUAUUUAAGUAAUCUGUCCGGUAUUUUAUAGAUAGUAACCAGCAAUCAGCGAUUCUAAGUACUAAUGCAGGGAGCUCACAUAGAUACUGUAAGCUUCAGUCACCCUCUUUAACUAGGAGAUGGGGAUCCUGUUUUUAUAAGUUGAAUUGUUGGCAGAAUUUAAGGGACUUUGGGAAACAGGAGUCAAUAGCAGGGAAGUGAUUAGUCAGCAGUUGAAAAUGGUGAAUAAACAGUUCAAACUAGGUAGGGGGGAGAGAAGGGAAAGGAAAUGGAAAGUAGGUAUUUUUCCAGAGGAACAAAUUCAAUUCAGUAUACAUUCACUGAACUCUUACUAAAUGUAAGCACUAUACUCAGUGCUAGAAAACCGAAAUGGAAUCUGGCAAGAGACAGUAUCUGCAAAGUGUAAGUGUCUAAGUAUAAGUGUCUACUAUGUAUCAAACACCAAUGCUCAGAACAAAAAUAAAUCUCUGCUCAUGAGAAGUUUCCAUUUAAAAAUAAAGCACAAAGGGGCAGUUAGGUGGUAGAGUCAGGAGGAUCUGAGUUCAAUUUUGACCUCAGAAACUUGACACUUUCUAGCUUUCUGACCUUGGAUAAGUCUAAAUGACUUACUGAUUACCUUAAAUAAUAAUAAUAAUAAAAUACAGGAGAUAUAUACAAUAAUAUUGGCUAGAGAAAGAUAUCAGAAAAAUCCUUAUUGAAAAACUGAGUAAGUAGAAAGAUGAUUGUCAGAAACUGAAGUAUUAGAAAGAAUAAAAGAGUUGUGAAGGAGAAAUAGUAAAAUUAAUUUGCAACAUGUUAAACUUAGGAAGUCAUUGAGGUGGAAUUUCCAACAGACAAUUGGUGAAGCCACACUAAAAAUCAAGAAAGAGCAAGAGAAAGCUUGAGAGAGUGAGAGGGGUGAGGGGACAGUGGGAGACAGACAAAGACAAAGACAGACAGAGAUAAAUAUGAAGGCUCAUGUCAAUCUGUAGAUAUUUGUAUUGUGAUGACAAUUAAAUUCAUAGUACCUAAUGAGUUGAUGUGAUUACCAAAGGAAAAAAAAAAAAAAAAAGAAGGGCCCAGGAUAGAACCCUGAAGUAAAUCCAUGUUUGGAACAUAUAUAAUGAUUCUACUUAGGAGACAGAGAAAAUGAUCAGACAAGUGGAAGAGGAAUCAGGAGGGAAAACCCAAAGAGGGAGAAUAAUAUUUUGGAGAAGCAGGUAGCCACCAGAAUUAAUAGCUGAAGUUUGGUUUAGGAUGAGGACUAAGAAUGGGUAGCUGGGUUUAAAACUAAGAGAUCAUUGUUAACCUUGGAAGGAGAUGUUUCACUUGAAGGUGGAACAGAAAGACAAAUUAUAAGAGUCUGAGAAUAAGUGGGAGGUGAGGAAGUUGAGCCAAGGGAUGUAGAUAACUUUCUAAGAAUUUGGUUAUGAAAAAGGGGAAAGCUAUCAGGUAAAUAGCUUGAGGGGAUUCCAUGGUCAAGAAAGCAUAUUUUAAAGAAAGGGACCAACUGGGAAUAUGAGCUAAUGAAUAGAGGAAGGUUUGAUUUUAAAUGGAAUGGGAGAAGGGUCAACUAGAAGUGAUCAAAGAGGCAAACGCUAAAGGGAGGUUGGAAGGGAUAAGAUUAAAGAUCCAAGUAGGGGGUAGGCCUUAUCAAGAUGGACCACUUUUUCCUCAGUCUAGAACAGAUGAGAGACAGACAGACACACAAAGAGACAGAGAGAGAGGGAGGGAAAGAAAGGAGAAGGGAAUCAUUUGAGAUAUGGAAUUUUAGAUAAAGCCUUUAUUUCCCUAAUUAGAUAAGAGGCAAGGUCCUCUGUGGGGAAGUACGGGGUCAGGAAAUAAUGGUAGGUGAUUUGAGGAGAGAGAAAAGGUUUGGAGCAAAAGUUUACCUAGAUAACAGCAAUUUUGUAGUAGUCAACAUGGUUGUAUGUUUUCCUCCUUCAGGAACAUUCAGAUAGCAAUAGUGAAGGAAAAUAAUUAGCAUCACUCAGGGCUUCCAUUCAUAGCCAAAGAUACAAAGGAUUCAAGGAUAAAGGAUACUUGAAUAUAUGAAAAUAGUAAUCGUGUCUCCUAAACUCUAAUUAAUUAUGAUCUUAUAAGCAUAAAGGGCAGGUAGGUGUACAAUGGAUAAAGCAUCAAGCCUGGAGACUUGAAUUCAAAUCUGGCCUCAGAUACUACAUAGCUGUAUGAUCCUAGGCAAGUCACUUAACCCUGUUUGCCUCAGUUUCUUCAUCUGUAAAAUGAGCUGGUGUAGGAAAUGGCAAACCCCUCCAGUAUCUUUGCCAAGAAAACUCCAAAUGGGAUUAAUGAAGAGUUGGACAUGACUAAAAAUGACUAAAUAAUGAUAAAGAUAACAAAACUAUCACAUCCCCUAUUUCUAAACUGCUAAAUGCUUCUUCCAAUACAGUCUAAUGGGGUGGCUAGGUAGCAUAGUAGAUGGAGCUCUGGGCCUGCAAUCAGGAAGACCUGAGUUCAAACUCAGCUUUAGAUACUUAUCUGCUGUGUGAUCCUGGACAAGUCAUUUAACCUCUACCUCCCAUCUGUAAAAUGGUAGUAUUAGCACUUACUUCCCAGGAUUAAAUGAGAUGAUAAUUGUAAAAUGUUUAGCACAAUACCUGGCACAUAGUAAGCACUAUAUGAAUGUUAGCAACUAUUAUUAUUAAUGUGGCAUUAGCUUUCUUUGCAUCUUUUGGCCAAGCAGGGCUUUGCAGGAAAGAAUGCUAGAAGGUGAUUUAUCAGUUCCAUUGCUGAAGUUAAAGAGAUUUCAGAGAAAAAUUGGACAAGCUAGUCAGUGUGGGAAGCAUAGAUCUUAUCUGUCAUUGUCUAGGGAUUGCCAUAUAGUUUAAUUUCAGAUACCAAGGGAACACCAAUGCAACACCAAUCCUCCAAACUAGGGUGGCAACUAAUGAUACAUUUGGGCAAAAACUGACAUAUUUGAAGUGAAACUGGGAAGGGAUAAAAACAGAAAUAUACCCACAGAGCACAAUGGUCCUCAAGCCACAAUGUCAGGAGGAAUCAGAGAUGUGUAGUACCAAGAGAGGAUGAUCCUUAGCUUUUUUUGAAACUUAAUCCAUCACACCAUGCUUUAGGGCAACUCAGGUAUUUUAUAGGAAAGGGAGGGAUCCUACUUAAGUGAGUCAGAUUGGCCUGAGAUCACAGUCAGGGAGGUGUUAAUCAUCCCCAGAAUUGAGCAUUUCUAGCUCAGGUUUUAAGGUUUUAAGCAAAGAAAAUAUCAAACAUAGUGAGUUCUAGAAAAGGAAUGGGAUGGGGGGUAGGGUUAUAGUACCACUCAGGAAGAGAUAGUGUGGUUAAGACAGAAAUGGCUUGUUGGAUAGAGAAACCAGAAAGUUUUUUGUUGUUGUUGUUGUUUUUCUGAACUGCAACAGUCACCAAUCAGAGAUGUAAAAAGAAAAGCUAAAUUGCUAAAUGCUUCUUCUAAUGCAAUCUAAUGAGAUGGCUAGAUAGCAUAGGGAUGGAGCUCUGGGCCUGCAAUCAGGAAGACCUGAACUUCAGUAGCCCUGAGUUCAGAACACCAAUUGCUCUCUUCAAAUAUGUCAGAUGGGCUGGUGUACACAUAGACUCUGAUUGAGUAGAAGCUGGGAACCAUUUUGGACUCUGAGCAGAAUUCUAAAGAAAGCAGUGGAAAGCUUUCUUCUCUUUUUCAGUCAUAGUAGAUGCCCCUCAGAGAUCUGCUUUCUGUGACCUCAGUCAAGCAGAGUGAGUGUGUGUGUCACUUCCCUAGAGAGCAGGGACAGAGGUAACAUUGUGUUGAGCAAAACAAGGGAGGCUUUCAUCCAGCUGCCAACAUCAGGCUGGCACUAUGGCAAAAUGCUCCAGGGCAUGAGUUCUGAGAGGAAUAUAGGAGGCAGGAGGCAGGGCCACUGGCCAAUGGAGAGCACCCUACUGGGCAGGCCCUGGUCCCAGAGGAAAGUGUGGGCUGGAGAUGAAGCUGAAAAGUCCAAAGGAAUCUUUAACUAAAGUCCUUAUGAUAAAAACUACUUUCCCUUGUUUGGGAGAGAAGAAAGAGUUCUAACUUCAGAGUUAACCAAGUAGACUUCAGUGGAAUCUCAGCUCAAUAAAUAAGCAUUUUUAAAGUGCCUGCUAUGUGUUAGGCACCAGGGUGAGCCCUGGGCAUAUAAAAAAGGAAACAGGCAAUCCCUGCCCUCAAGGACCUUACAAUCUAAUGGGGAGAGAACAUGCAAAAGAUAAUAUACAAAGCAAGUUCUUUACAGGAUGAAUAGGAAAUAAUUAGAAAGAAGGCACGGAGAGGAGCUGGGAAACAUUUUCUAGAAAAGAUGGGAUUUUAGUUGGGACUUUUUUUAGAAUGUAGGGACAUGUUUGUAGGAAAUAAGCUAAUAGACAGGAAAGAUGGAAAAUAAGUGAUAAAGUGAGGAUGAGAGAAUAAACUGUUGGACGGGAUGAGAAGGGAUAAGAUGAAAUGAGACCACUUGAGCAGGUAGAUGAAUUAGCCAUAGUUAAGACACUUUAUCAUUCAAGAUGGGGAGGGGAAGGAGGAGUAAAGAAGGAAUUAGUGGUAGGUUUCUGAGUAAUAUAAGGAAGGGGGAAAGAAAGAGUUCACAGAAAAUGACCAAUAUUUUUUGUAAAAUAUUAUACAAGGUACUAAGCUGAGGGGAAAAGGCAAUCAAGGAGACUUGAAGAAAGAGGAAAAGGUUUGGAAGAGCCUCUGUGCAGUAUAGGACAGUAAGUUUAUGAGUCAGGUGUAGAAAGACUGCUGAGCAUCAGUGAAGGCCCAGUAGAAAUUGUAUAACAUAAAUUCAAAUGCUUUACUACCUGAAAGACCUUGAGGAAGAUCUUUCCCUCUUUGUGAUAUAUACAUACAUAUAUAAAGUGGGAACAAUACUCCUUAUACUACAAGACUCUCUGAAUUUUAAAGGAAGCACUUUGUUGUUUCUAUUUUUAAUAAGUUUUUAAUAUGUUUUGUUUAUUUAAAUCAUCAGUUACCUCCAGGACUGCUCUCUACAAUUCACCAAAAGGCAUCCCACAUAACAAAUAUUUUUAAGGAAAAAAAAAGAGAAACAAAAGGAAAAGGAAAAAAAUUGCAUAAUUGAUCGAUAUAUAAAAAAAGUUUGAAAAUAUAUGCAAUGUGGAACAUUUGGGAAUCUCCAACCUCUGUAAAGAGAUAUAAUCAAAAUAUACCCAUAUAUCUUAUUUCCAGCUAUGCUUAUUUUUUGUUAUUUUGGAAUAUUCACUUUUGAUUUUUUUUUUUUUGCAAUUAUUCUUCCAUCCACCUUGUUUUAGUCCUUGUGUAUAUUAUUUUCUUGGCUCUGCUUACUUCACUUUAUAUCAGUUCAUGUAGAUCUUUCCAAGCUACUCUGUAUUUAUUGUAUUCUUCAUUUUUCACAGCACAGUUAUAUCCUGUUAAAUUCAUGUAGUGAACCACAUUUUGUUUAGUCAUCUCAUGAUCAGAGAGCAUCUAUUCGGAUUCUAAUUCUUUGCUAUCUCAAAAAGUGCUGCUAUAAAUAUUUUUGUAUAUAUGAGGACUUUUUUUGUUUGUUUGUUUUUCUAUAUUAAUUUUUUUUAACUAAAACUCUCCUUGGGAUAAUGGAAUCUCUGAGUUGCAAAAGAAAGCACUUUGUUAACUAGAAAAGCUCCAAAGAAAUGGAAGUUAUCACUAUCACCAUCACUAUCACUAUCUUUUAUUUAUGCACUUUACCAGGUAUCUCUUUUACCUCAUUUGCUCCAUAUAAUAAAUGUUAAGUGAGCUAGGACAGGGUGAUUAUCCCACAUUUUACAGGGAAACUGAGGUCAAAAAGAAGUGAUUAUCCCCCCCCCCCAGAACCCAUAAUUAAUGAAUAGAAGAGUUGGGGCUAAUUAUUAAAUUGUACAGUCCCAGAAUUUUGGAACUGGAAAAGCUCUGGACCAGUGCUUCUCUGAGCUGGAAUCUAUACUACAUUAUCUCCAAUCAAGAAUUACCCAGGCUAUACAUGAAAACUUCCCUUGUGAUAGGGGAACUCACUACCUUGUGAGGCAGCCCUUUCUGCUUUUGGACAGCUCUGAAUUUUAGGUUUUUACUUAUAUCAAGCAGAAAUCAACCUCAAAGAACAUUAGAAAAGAAGGAUCCUUGGAGAUCAUGUCUUUACAACCUAAUAUUUUUAAUAGAGGAAAAAAAAAACUGGGGUUCAGAGAAGGAAGUUGACUUGCUUAAGGCCACUUAAGUGAAUCAGAAAUAGAACUAGGACUAGAACUCAGAUUCCUUGAUUCUUUCUCAUUUCAUCACAAGGUCUCACACUAUAAGAAGAGAACAACUCUGAGAUGAUCUUUCUCAUGAACAUCUCAUGAUUUUCACACUUCUGAACACAAGAAGACAGCCUUGGAGUUGGCAAAACCUUGUUCUUGUCCCCAUCUUGUCAGACUUGUAGAGAUGAUUCAGGAUCAAGUAUGGGUUCAAUUCAAUUGAAAAAAUACUAGUUAAGUUCCUACUCCUACAGAGAGGAAGGGCGGUGGAUUGAGUUUUGGACCUGGAUACAGGAGAACCUAAAUUCAAAUCAGGCAAAACACUAACCUUGUGACCUUGGGCAAGUCCCUUAAUCUCUGUUUGCCUUAAUUUCCUCAUCAGUAAAAUGGGGAUGAUUAAUAUCACCUACCUCCCAAGGCUGUAAGAAUCAACUGAGAUAAUUAUAAAGUGUCUAACACCAUGUUUGGCACAUAGUAAGCCUUAGUUAGUAAUAUUAUUACCAAGUUUAAGGCACUGUUUUAGGCACAGGAUAUAUGGGGAAAGAAGGAGGGAAGGAGGAAAAGAAGGAAAGAAGGAAGAAAGGAAGGAAGAAAAGAAAGAGAAAUGCUGCCUUCAAGAAGUUUAUAGAUUAUAGUGGGAUGACAGUUCCCUUUUAACUCUGAGAUCUUAAGAUUUAUAAGUUUAUCUAACCCCAACUCUGCCAAAAUUACUACCUGUAUUAUAAGUCAUUUCUUUCUAACCUCAGUUCCUCCAACUAUAAAAUUUAGGCAUUAUAAUUCCUGCCAUGGCCAUUACUGUAGCAUUGAUAUUUACUAACAUUUGACACAAACCUCCUUUGUCUAGUCCCAAAGAUGAGUGUGGUUUUUGGGAGUGAUUGAAGAUGUUGGCAUAAGUUUUUAUUAGAGAUCUAUGUUGUCCAUUUGAGCAUACCUAAUAGAUUAGCCUCACGGGAUAUCAUUUAUUCAUUCAAUAAACAUGUACACAAUGUCUGGAAUUCAUAGUUUAGUGGGAAAGGAUAAGAUAUAAACAUCAAUAAUUCCUCCAUGAAACCCUUCCUAAUUCCCCAAUGUCACAUAGCACUUUGUUUUAUAACUUUCUAAUAUACUUAUCAAAUAAUAUUGUAUAAUAUAGUUAUUUCUGUAUGUGUUUUAUCCCUGUAUUGCUAGUGAAUUCUUUGGGGGUAAGAACCCUGUAUUUUCUAUAUUUUGUAUGUCCCCCAACACUCUGCACAUGGUAAGGACUUAAUAAAUGUUUGUUUAUCAUUGA